AUGGACUCUCCCAACCCCAGCCCUGCUCCACCUAGCCCGUCGCAGCAGCUCGCAAAGCAUGCGCCCGUCGAGGGUAGCGAUGGCUUCAGCUCGUACUUUAGCCAGCUGACCGGCAACCCUUUCUUCACUGCCGGCUUCGGUCUCGCAGCGCUCGCGACUGUAGGGCGCAUCGGUCAAAAAAGCCUUGUGCAAGGCGCAUCGCUUUUACGCCGCCGCAUGCUUGUCGACAUCGAGAUCACCCAUCACGAUGAAGCCUACCCAUGGUUGCUGCUCUGGAUGACCAACUUCCACCGCUCACAGCUCGCCGGUGCACAGCAAGCCUCGCAAGGCGGUAUACUCUCGUCUAUCGUCCAACGAAUCAACCCGCGUCUCCACCAUUUGCAAGUGAGCACUGCUCAGUCCAAAUCAGGAUCACCUCGAUCUGCACACUUCGCCUUCGUUCCCGGUCAUGGCCAGCACAUUCUGCGCUAUGGCAGUUCUUUCGUUCUCGUGGAUAGGCAGCGGCAAAAGUCAUACAACAUGUCGACGGGUGUACCCUUCGAGACCAUAAGAAUGACGACGCUAUACUCGCACCGCCGUGUAUUCGAGGACAUUUUCGCCGAAGCUCACGAAAUGCACCAACAACUGCAGGAGGGCAAGACAACAAUACAUACUUCGAACGGAAUGGACUGGAAGCCAUUUGGAGAACCAAAGCGGAAGCGCCCUCUUCAGUCCAUUGUCCUGGAACGAGGCGUAAAGGAGAGGAUUGUGGAAGACGUGGAAGCUUUCAUCAAAGCGCGAACUUGGUACCUCGAUCGCGGCAUACCGUACAGAAGAGGCUAUCUUUUGUACGGCCCGCCGGGAACAGGCAAGAGCUCCUUCAUCCAGGCGCUGGCCGGUCAUCUGGAUUACGAUAUUGCCAUACUAAACGUCAGCGAACGGGGGUUGCACGAUGACAAGCUCAGUCACAUGUUGAGUAGGGUGCCACCGCGGACGAUUGUACUGCUAGAGGACAUUGAUGUAGCUUUUGCGAAUCGCAAACAGGCGGACGCAGAGGGCUAUUCGGGUGCCAAUGUCACGUUCUCGGGCCUCCUGAAUGCGCUCGAUGGCGUGGCUAGCGGUGAGGAGCGCAUAAUCUUUCUCACCACCAACUACGUAGAGAGGCUCGAUGAGGCGCUCAUUCGUCCUGGGCGAGUGGACAUGACCGUGCGACUGGGCGAAGCGACAGAGUAUCAGAUCGGAGAGCUGUGGGAUCGCUUUUACGCGGAGUUUGACACCGAGGGCGCGGGGAAGAAGCAAUUUCUCGCCAAGACCAACCGGCUCGGACUCACGAACACAGUGAGCACUGCAGCCCUACAGGGCUUGUUUCUAUACAACAAAGACGACCCCGAGGGCGCCAUCAAAAUGGUGCAGGGCCUCACCGCCGGUCACCCUCGGCGCGCCGAAGACCAUGUGGAGCUUCCCGGCCACGUUGAUGUAAAUGAUGUCAGAUAGAGCGGCACAUCGCUAGUGCGACUUUAGACUGCUGUACUAAGUAUGUAAAAACAAUGUAACAACACGAGGUGCAAACGG